UCGCAAAAUCGUAUUGUUUUUGUACAAUCUACUAAAUCUGUCGUUCUAAAAUAUCAGUAUUAUAAUCUGGCAAUGGCUGAGUGCAAACCCAUUCUUCUUCUUGACAUUUGGAGGACAUGCAACAAAAUCCGAGCAGCUAUAUUCAGAUCAGGUUUGGACUUGUGGAGCCACUACCUACCCUUAGACCCUGAAGGAUACAGCCUUGUAUCAGAGGCCAAGUUCGUCUCGGUGCUGGCGGGACCUUUGAAAGAUGUUAUCGGUCUCUCAGAGCAGGAAGUUCUGGAACUUGCUGAUUACUUCAAAGCUCCUGAUGGCAGAGUCCUCUAUCGUCAGUUCUGUCAGGUCAUCCACGAUAACAUUCCAGACUUUAAGCAGUACGCUCCUCUGGUGUGCGGACUGGAGUGGGAGGACCCUUAUCAUGUUAACUCUCUGUCCAUGGCUGAAGAGAGGAGAAUUAUGCUGUUGCUGACCAAAAUAGCAACUCUAGUGAAGGCUAGGAAUCUUGUGCUGCUACCUCAUUUCCAGGACUAUGAAAUUAUUGCCAAGAACCACGGCACUAUCACGAUCUCCCACUUUGCCCGAAUACUUCACUUCCUCAAGAUCUUCGUUGCCCCGGAUGAGUUCCGCCUCCUGGUCCGCAAGUUCCUUAAGGAUGGAUACACGGUCAACUACAUGGCCUUUGUGUCUGCACUUCAGUAUGUCUACCAGUAUAUGGAGAGAUGCGGCAUCACUGACCUUGGCGGGGAAGUGUUGCCGAACUUUCAAGGCCGAGCUCUGACGGCCGAGCUUCCCAAGUUACCGAGACCUGAGGUAGGCACUGUGCCUACAGACGCUGUGUUUGGUGUACAGAAGAUAUUCCACCCUGUGCUCAACAAACCUAGGAACCCUGAAUCACUCAGUACAAUCAUCAGCAGAAUUCAGCGUUACGUCUACACUGAGGGAGUCCGCAUCGGACAGUUCUUCGGGGACUUUGACCACACUAACUGCGGUCGGUUACCCGAGUCCGCGUUUCGUCGCUGUGUAGACAUGAUGGGAGUUGGCGAGGCUGGUACGAGAAGGUACAACUUGACCUCUGAGGAGAUGAAUGACCUUGUCGACGCCUACAGAGACCCUCUGGAUCCCACCAGAGUGAUGUGGCGUGUGUUUGAGGACGACAUAGAGGCUGUAUUUACCAAGAAAGGCCUAGAGCGCCUGCCAGACUACCAUGUGGACUGUCCUCCAAUGGAAGUCAGAGAUUUGCCAAGAAGAGGGAACGUAUACAGCGGACUGUCAGAGGACCGUAUGGUCUCGUGUGAGGAUGUAGUCAGGAUAGUGAAAGACAAGAUACGCAGAAAUGGCUUGAACCUACUUCCGGACUUCAAUGAUUUUGAUAGAGCUAGAAAUGGCCAUGUAAACCGUAACCAGUUCCGACAAGUAUUGAAGCUCAAUUGUAUCUUGUUGUCGGACGAGCAAGUGUAUUCUUUGGAGCAGCGCUACUUGGACGAGUUGGGCCUUAACUACUUCCAGUUUAUGAAGGAGGUUGAUCCUUAUCCUGAGCCACAGCCUCUGUAUGAACAAAUGAUAGCAGACAGAGUGAAAUUAAACACAAGAGAAUUUACAAUGCCCGUUAAAGCUCAAGAAAGGGAUAUUGUUGCCAUUUUAGCCAAGAUCAAGAAACAGCUUAUUUGCUAUCGUGUGAAGCUUUCGCAGUUUAUGUCCCAAUACGAUCUUCACAACCAGUUGGUUAUAUCACGCCAAAACUUUGACAGAAGUUUGGAUGAAAAACUUUGUCUUACGCCAACUGAGAAACAGAUAAUCAUGCAAGUGUUCGCGUCUCCUACUAGACCGGAGUGUGUGGAAUACCAACGCUUCUGUAACACCGUGGAGGAGGCAUUCUCUCAGCCACUCCUGGAGAGAGCUCCUCUGCUGGAGCCACUGCAGCAUGUAGCUUGUCACGACGGGAAACACAACUUCCUCAACUUCGAGGAGCGACAGCUGGUGUCGUUGGCGCUGGAGAAUAUAGCGGCCAAGCCAACAGAUGCAUUGCUGGAUAUUUUUAAGUCCAUUGAUCGCCACAACUGCGGGACCGUUAACCAGAGCGAGUUCCUCAGAGCCCUGACUGUCCUAUGUCUACACACUCUUGUGUCAGCCAUCCAGUUCGAGGCUCUGGUCAAAUGUUUUGCCAAACCCAGGGGUCUCAGAGACGAAGUGGACUACAGAAACUUUGUCGAUGCGAUAUCCAUCGUAAAACAAAACUGGAAGGCAAAGAAUAUCUAAGGGCGAUACAUUUUGUUCAUGAUUAAAUUAUUGUUUUUUUUCUCGAAAUAUAGUUAAAUUAUCUGUU